GGCUAGAGUGCGCUGAUUGACAACUUGAUUAAAAUGGCGGAAUAGUAUUCAAAGGAUCAUGACGUCACCAUAAUCCUGCUGUCCUAUUCGCUGCUUUGUCGUCGCUGAGUUCUCUUGCUUAUGGAAAGGCCAGAAAUUUCCAGAACGUGAAUCGUGAAUCUAGUGGCUUCUCAGGGAAAGCUGAGACUGUUCUCAGUUAUCAGAUAUUAAUUGUGCGAAUGCAAUUGUUGGCCUGAAGCCCAACUCUCGUCUCCUUUCAGCGUGACUAUUGUCUUGCAAGAAAUAAUCUUCCAAAGCAGUGAAAAAUGGUGAAAGAAACUACCUACUAUGAUAUAUUGGGAGUGAAGCCAGCUUGUUCAGCUGAUGAUUUGAAAAAGGCUUAUAGAAAAUUGGCUUUGAAGUACCAUCCUGAUAAGAACCCCAAUGAAGGAGAAAGGUUCAAACAGAUUUCCCAAGCCUAUGAAGUUCUGUCAAAUCCAGAUAAGCGGCGAAUCUAUGAUCAAGGUGGUGAACAAGCCCUGAAAGAAGGUGGAAUGGGAGCUAAUGGGUUUUCUUCUCCAAUGGACAUAUUUGAUUUGUUCUUUGGUACUGCAUUUGGUGGAGGCAGGGGUCAGACACGUAGACGGGAACGUAGAGGCAAAGAUGUUAUUCAUCAGUUAAGUGUAUCUUUGGAAGAACUCUACAAGGGUGCUGUGCGAAAACUGGCUCUUCAGAAAAAUGUCAUUUGUGAGAAAUGUGAUGGUCGAGGAGGCAAAAAGGGAGCUGUUGAGCAGUGCCCAACUUGUCGUGGUACCGGAGCUCGUGUUCAGAUACAACAGCUUGGUCCUGGUAUGAUUCAGCAGAUUCAGACAAUGUGUCCAGAUUGUCAUGGUCAGGGGGAAAGAAUAAACCCAAAAGACAGGUGCAAAAACUGUGGAGGAAGGAAGACUGUACGAGAUCGUAAAAUUUUAGAAGUUCAUGUAGACAAGGGUAUGGUUGAUGGUCAAAAGAUCUCUUUUGGAGGAGAAGGAGAUCAAGAACCAGGUCUAGAAGCUGGUGAUAUUAUUAUAGUUCUUGAUGAAAAGGAACAUGAAGUUUUCCAACGCUCAGGAAAUGAUCUCAUAAUGAGAAUGAACAUUGAAUUAGUUGAAAGUCUCUGUGGUUUCCAGAAAGUUAUUCGUACUCUUGAUGAUAGGGAUCUAGUCAUUACUGCAAUUCCAGGUGAAGUAACUAAACACGGAGAAGUUAAGUGUGUUCUUAAUGAGGGCAUGCCUCAUUACAAGAAUCCUUUUGAGAAGGGCCGUCUCAUUAUUCAGUUCCUCGUAAACUUCCCUGCAACUCUACCUCCUGAAAUAGUUCCACAACUGGAGGACUGUCUACCUCCACGCCCAGAAUUAAUGGUGCCUGAUAAUGCAGAGGAGUGCUUGUUGGUAGAUCUGGAUCCUGAAAGUAGGCGACGAGAUUACAAGAAUGCCUAUGAUGAAGAUGAAGCUGGAGGUCAUGGACCCAGUAGAGUUCAAUGUGCUACUCACUAGGUGCCUUCCUGGUUAAUUUAUGCGACAGUGUUGUUAAAAUUCAUUAUGCAUCCUGUUAAAGGGACAGUUGCCCAGAAACAAAUACUACAUCCCAGCUGCAAGUCUGUGUGUUGUAGGUUUUCUUAGGCCGUGGUCUAAUUUGUUUCCAAAUAAUUUUGAGUGACACUUAAAAAUAAAUUAUUUGUUGUUUAUUGAAGUUAAAACUCUUCAGUUUGUUAUUUAUUGUAAGAUCAAAAUUAGUACAGUUAACGUAAUGUUUUAAUACCAGACUCGUUCUCAUUUUCUCCUGGAUUCUUGUAGGAUUCGUAAUCGUUCCACUACAUUCGUAUUGUUUUGUGUAUUUUGCCUGGCCAAUGUGAAAUGUUGAGAAUGUUUUUACUUUUGAAGUAAGGGCAAAGUACUUCUGGAGAUGGUUUAAUGUAAUGGUAUGUUUUGUGUCACUAGUGUAAUGUAACUUUUUAUGAUCAGUAUUCAGUGUUUCCUGAUGUUCUUGAUGUCUGUCCACUGUAAAAUAACAACCUGAUGCAUGUCAAUACCUUACAUAGAGAAAUGCCUAUCUUAAAGGUACUUCCUUAUGUUAAUGGAAAGUAACUUGGGUUGAUUCACUAGACCUUGCAAAACAAUUCCUUGUGCGCUUCAAUUAGCAUAAUGUAUCAAGCUGUUAGUUCAGAGAUGGUUUGUGGGGUUCAAGGAUGAAUAUUGAACAAAUGGUUCUAUGUACUGCUGAUUUGUUUAUUAUAAAGUAAGGUUUGUCAUGCAACUUCUCAGACAAGUUUAAAACUGACAUUUUUUGGUAGGUCUAGUGGAAUGCUUUUAGCAUGGUAAUGUUCUUAAUGUUAUAUUGCAUUUAGUGUUCGUUGGAUGAGAACAGCAAGGAAUUUUUUGGUAGAUGGCUUGGUUUUGAGAAAUAUCAGGAUUUAUUCUGGAGCUGAAAGAUUAGGAUUAACUCAUCGUAGUUUCUUACUUUUGAGUUAAAAGUAAAGCAAUGUUCCAGAUGAAUUUUGUAUUAUGCUUAAUCAUUCCUGUUCUGUUAAUCGGAGCACUAUAAAAGCAAAAAAGGAAAAAUCCUGCAAUGAUUCAAUUGCACUAAAAAAUGUAAUUUAUCUUGAUCUGAAGUUUUAUGUACAGGCUGAAUCUUAUUGUAUAACAUAGACAAUAUAACUUAAUUUGUUCAUUUCUGGAUUUCAUUAUACCCCUCUACAUUACUUCCUAGCACCUCCUCUGUCCUUAAUAUUUUAAGAUAAAAAUAUUCAGAUUAUUUUUUUGUAGUCUGUAGUUCUUUAAUUUCAUUCAAAUUCAUUACUGGUCCAUGACAAAAACAAUAUGUAAACUGGUAGUCAGCACAAAAAACAAACUAGAAAAAAAGGUAAUUUAUGGAAUCUCGUGUGUAUUUGAUUUACAUUUUUUUAAGUAAUGUAUUGGGACCAACAUGGUUUUGCAAGCAUGUCUCUUGUGUUUAUGCUGUUGUGUAGUGUUUACACAAGUGAAUGUCCCUUCAGUAAUUUUCAUCUUGAAAUUUUGAGUAAUGCUCCUUGUUUGGGUAUUUACAAUUUGGGUAAUGCACAAUGUUACUUUGUCAGGCCAGUAAAUGUGUGUAGUACUGGGUCAUUAUCUUAAACGUCGUCAUGAAUAUUUUCAAGAUUUU